AUGUACCAAAUCAUCGCCUCCAACGCUUGGGUUUUGGUACCACUGCUAUGUCUGUUCUUAUCACAGAUUCGUAGCAAUCGACGAAGCUCUCAAAGUCGUCGUCUCCCACCUGGUCCGAAUCGUCUUCCCCUAAUUGGCAACUCGCACCAGCUACCCUCAGAAUACCAAGAGUAUACAUUUGAGUCAUGGGCAAAGAAAUACGGUGAUCUCAUCUACGCCAAGUUCUUCGGCAGCCACACGGUCAUCGUCAAUUCAUCUAAAGUGGCCAGAGACCUUCUGGACAAGCGCGGCGCUAUCUACUCUAGCAGGCCGCGGAUGGUAACACUAGUCGAGCUGAUCGGAUGGGACCCUACCCUAUCGUUUGCGCCAUACCGGAGUGAGAGCCGUCUGAAACAACGACGGUGGGUACAGGCUGCCUUCGGCGAGAAGGAUACGCUUCGCACGUAUGAAGCCCUUCAACAGCGGGAGACCUGCAUUUUCUUAGCGAGCUUGAUGCAAACUCCCGAGGACUUCAAAUUACAUAUAACACGGUUCACCGUCGCGCUGAUCAUCGAGACUGUCUACGGUCAUCGCGUCGCGUCCUUGGAUGAUGAAUAUGUAAUGCUGAUGGAUCGUGGCAUGGAGGCAAUGAACGCCACAGGUCCGGCAGGAGGCGGGAUAAUGGACUUCUUCCCACUACUCAAGCAUGUACCUGCUUGGAUGCCAGGUGCAAGUUUCAAGCGAAAGGCGCUGCACGCACGGAAGUUGAUACACGACGCUCAUUAUAUCCCAUUCGACAUGGUUCGUAAAGCCGUCGCAUCGGGAGACGCACGACCGUCGUUCGCAGCGGAAUUGAUUGAGAAAGCAGAGAAGUCGGGCCGACUUGAUGGAGAAGAGAACGACAUCCGCUUUGCAGCGGGAGCACUGUACGCCGCUGGCUCUGACACGACGAAGUCCGUGCUUCUAACUUUCUUGUUGGCCAUGGUACUGUACCCGGAGGUGUUCAAGAAGGCACAAGAGGAACUGGACCGUGUCGUUGAGAACAAUCGGCUGCCCACUCUCGAGGAUAGACCGAACUUGCCUUAUAUCGAUUGCGUCGUAAAGGAGACCUACCGGUGGAAUCCAGCUAUUCCUUUGGGCAUACCGCAUUUCUUGACCGAAGAUGAUGAGUACAAUGGCUACCAUAUGCCCAGAGACACUCACAUCGUCACGAAUCUCUGGGCAAUGACGCGUAAUGAAGAGAUGUACAGGGAUCCCAGUCUCUUUCGUCCGGAGCGCUUCCUCGCACCCUCAGGUUCUAUCGACAUGGGCGUUGAAGACCCUCGCAGCAUAGUCUUCGGUUACGGCAGACGGCUUUGUCCUGGUCGCCUCUUUGCGGAUACAACCGUGUUCUUGGCAGUGGCCAGUAUCGCCGCAACCCUCAACAUCGACAAAGCCCGAGACGCGCAAGGAAACGUCGUCACGCCGAGCGCCAAAUUUCCUUCUUCGUUCGUCAGCUUCCCUGAAGCGUACCAAUGCGCUAUCACGCCGCGCUCGCCCAACGUCAUGGCUCUUGUAGAGGAAACACUGGCAAACAUCUUGUCGUCAACGUGA